AUGCAGGGGGAGCCACUGCGCUACGACGGCCCGGCGGACGACGGCGGCGGCGGCGGCGGCCUGAUGGUGGAGCUCUACAAGGGAUAUCGGGUGUUCGUCACGCAGCGGCAGAUGAUCGAGAUUCUGUCGAAGCGUAAGGGCGAGGCGGCGGCGCGGUGCCUGCUCAUGACGUUCUACCGCAAGCACGAGCUGCUGGGACGCAACCUGACGGGUCGAGGCAGCGGCACGAAGAGCGCGCUCGACCCCGCCAUCACCAAGAGCAUCAUCGCGUUCUGCAUCGACCGCUUCCCAGAAUGCACCGCAACGAAGAUCAAGGCGGUGCUGCGAACGUGCAUCACACGCAUCGAGUGGGAGGCCAAACAUGGCCGCUUCAACCCCUCGCUGCAGUAGAGGGCGCCACCGCCGCGCGGACGUUCGCGCGGCAAUGGCGGCCGAACACGACCGAGACGACCAGGGGGAGCGAUCGCAGCGUCUCUUGCGGCGUUCUCGAAAAAAAUCUCGCCGCUCGAGAAAAUGGCCGCCGCCUGAUUUCGCAGCGUCGCCGCGCGAAAUGUCAGUCGCAGCGCUGGGCUGCACCGUACGACCCCUGGUGGCGUCGCACGCGAAACCUCGCCCAGCCGCGCGCAGCGACCCCUAGUGGCGCGUCGCGAGACAGUGUAGCGGCGGACAAUCGCGGUGUCACCUCAUUUCCACAGUGCGCGCGCCGCUCCAGCCUCCGCCGCCGCCGUCGGACACCAGGUGGCGUUGUCGUCUGCACGAGCCCGCAGAGUCGCAUGGGUGGUGGCGCCGGUGUCUGCUCGCUCACGGGAAACAUAGGUGGCGCUCCUCUCCAUCUGUUGCGCGCAGUAAUGCAGGUGGCACUCAUGUUGGCUUUGCAAUCCCGGAAACAUCAGAGCAACGUCCGCGUCAGUCCGGCAAACACACCAGCAGGGGGCGCAACCGUCUCUAUAGAACCGCCAGGUGGCGCUACCGUUUGUCUACCGCCGCCCGACGGUCGAUUUACGUAGCGCCACGUCAUGUAGGUGGCGCUACCGUUUGUCUACCGCCGCCCACAUGCAUCCACUAUAGGUGGCGCCGCUGCCGCCGC